CGGUUUCUAUGCAGCAACUGCAAGUGCCGGGACGUUGUUUCGUUUUUUUAUUUGUUAGGAAUAAGAAGCAUAUGAUAAUCGAAAGGACAGCUUGCUUUGUCCCGAUAAGAACGAGCGCAUUACGGCGCGAAAGUGCUCCGGAUUGUCAUCCUGCAAAAGCGCGCCCGCCGGAGGUAGAUUAUAUGUUUAAUAAAGCUACAUAUUAUGCUGGAAUGCAGAGUUUUUCUGGCCACGUGCUAUCAGCAACGCCUUCUCGAAGUGGAACUCUUUGUUGUCGCGCGCGCGUGCGUGAUUGAUGUAAGGGGGCCGUAUACUAAUUAGAAUAUAUUAUUAAUUACUCGUCUGCAAUUACGCGCCUGUUGAUCCGAUGCGCGCUGUCAAAAAUAAAUGUUGUUCGCGAGUCCCGCACUGCCCGCGUGGACCUGGGCAUGGGUGAAAUGUGACGAGCUCGUUCCGCGAUGCACAGUCGGCGCGCGCAUUUCAGCUACACCGCGCGUAGAGGCAUCGCCACCGACCUCGGCCAGCACACAACAAUGUCGCGCGCGCGGCCGGCCUAAAGCUGGGCGUCCCCGCAGCGAGCUGGCCGCUUUCACCUCCGUGCAUCACGUUGUGACCACGCCGUGAAGUAUUGUUGGACUCUGUGGCAGCGGCGGCGACUCCGAGAGUGCGACGACGCCGGUGGAAGAAGUGAUCGCAGAAAUCGGGCCUCGUUUAUUAUCAUAAUUUAUAAGUUGCGGCGGGGGUUGGCAAGCCCGCGCGCCGCCGCAGUGCUUCGUCGGGGCGGCCGGAGUGGAGCAGCGCGGCGACGUUGACGGAGGGACAGCGCCGCCGCAGGCGCCCGCGGGGGCGCAAAUUGCGGUGGCUGCUCAUCAGCGGCAAUUAGCAUCCGUGUGGGUAUGCAGUCAGCGCCUCGCCAGCUGGUGGCACUGGCGAGCCACCAAGAGGCAGCCAAGAGGCAUAACGAUGCUCUCCAGUCUCAGCCGGCGAAUGGAUUGCAGUUUAUCAAGACAACCAUGGGAGCCACACUCGUGGGCACAGCAGGAGGGCAACCAUCAAUCUUCAGUGUUGCUGGCAUCGCACCACCAAAUACAUCUGUGCAGCAGCAGCAGCAGCUGGCAACGCUGCUGCCUGGUCAGCAGUUCCUCGGAGCGCCCCCACAGGGUGCCACCUUCGUCCAGGGACACCAGGCUUCCCCCGUCGGAGUUGUGGUGGCAUCACGUGGCACCCACACGCAACUGGUCAAUGGCCCAGCUGGAUCUACAGCUCAGGUGAACUCUGCCCAGCAGAUCUUUCUGGCACCACAGUCACAGAGCACGCAACUCCUGCUGCCCAACCCCAGUCCCCUGUCUGCAGGCCACCUGCUGGGCCAGCUACUUCCUCUGGGCGCAGGUGGAAGCCAGCAGGUGGUGCAAGUUGUGGCAGCCAAUGGCACGGUACUCACCACAACCUUGGCCAACCUGCCUGCCCUCUCGCAGCAACUUUCUCUGGCUGCGGCUCUGGCUUCAGCCAGCAGCACAGCAGCAACCUCCAAGCAGGCCACUCUCACAAUGCCCCACCAUUUCCAGCAGGUGGCACCACCACAGCAGCAGCAGCAGCACAAUGGACACGUGACCAUGGCAGCGCACCAUUCACAACAGCAGCAGCAGCAGCAGCAGCAGCAACAGCAACAGCAGAUGCAUCAGCAACAGCAGAUGCAUCAGCAACAGCAGAUGCACCAGCAACAGCAGAUGCAUCAGCAACAACAGAUGCACCAGCAACAGCAGCUGCAACAGCAGCUACAGCAACAGCAGCUACAGCAACAGCAACUGCAGCAACUUUUUGCUGCCUCACCCAGCAACUUUGCUGCCCUGGCAUCUGGUGCCUCCUCGGCUGCAAUGGCUACAGCCGCAGUACCGCAGCUGUACGCCAACAUCAACGGCCAGCUGGUGGCUGUGUCACCCCAGGUGUUGGGACAGCCGAUGCCUGGAGGGCAGCUGGUGCUGCAGCCGCAGGGCUUGCCCCUCUCUCAAAUGCUCAUGCUCAACGCUGCCCCCCCAGCACCACCCACCACUGCGGCAGGACAGCCGCAGGUGGUGGUGACAGAGGAAGAGGAAGGAUCUGAAGGUGACAUCAAGGACGAAGAUGACGAAUACCAGGCACAUCAACCAGCUGAGGACAUGUACAGUGCAGAAUCCCCCAGGGACUUGGCAGAGCCACAGGACGAGGACGAGGGUUCGGACCCCACCGAGAUCUUGGGCAUGAGUGCAGUGAGCCCGGACAUCCAGUCACCACCGGCAUCUGGACCCCCUGCUGUCUUGCUGCAGGGUAACCACACUGUGAUGUGCUCAGCCGCUGAGACGCCUGCCCUGGCUUCCUCACCUCCUGUUGGUCUUGUGCCAGUCACCAACACACCUGUCACCAGUGGACUGGUUGGCUGCCCACCAGUGAGCAUUGCACCAGCCAGUACUGUGCCUGUUACGAGUUCACCAACAGCUGAUGGACCCAUCAGUAGCAGUGCCCCAAAACCAGAAGCAACCAUCAGCCACACGUCGGCCAACAUGGUGGACGGCAUCGACCUGGAGGAGAUUAAACACUUUGCCAAGGCAUUCAAGCUGCGACGACUCAGCCUGGGCCUCACCCAGACGCAGGUUGGUCUGGCCCUGACUUCCUCGGAGGGGCCCUCCUACAGCCAGAGUGCCAUCUGCAGGUUUGAGAAGCUGGACAUCACGCCGAAAAGUGCGCAGAAGAUCAAGCCCGUGCUGGAGCGAUGGAUGCGCGAGGCUGAGGAGCGCCUGCAGUCUGGUGGCAGCCAUGCCUUGGCUGACCUUGUGGGCGGGGGUGGGGUUGAGCCGGCUAAGAAGCGCAAGCAGCGGACCUCCUUCACUCCACAAGCCCUCGAGGUGCUAAACCGCUUCUUCGAGAAGAGCACGCAUCCCACCGGAGCCGAGAUGACUGAGCUAGCUGAGCAGCUCAACUACGACCGUGAAGUGGUUCGUGUCUGGUUCUGCAAUAAGCGCCAGGCAUUCAAAAACACCGUCAAGAGGCUCAAGGUGGCCACAGGCAUGGACGGCCUGCUGCCACCUCUGUCAUCCGAUGCCACCACAGAUUCUGUUGGCAGUGCCCCACCCGGCAGCAUGGCAGAGACUUCAACUAGCCUCGUGGACUGUUCUGAAGGGAACCCAUCGUGAGCCUGACAAGUCAGCUGUGUCAUCCUCAGACAUUUGCCAUCUUCAGUGUUGCCACCACCUGUGAACUGUUCAAACAAGCAUUACUUGAUGUGCAACGUGUCAACAGCUGCACUCUAGCUUGCCAUGGCAAGCAGCCGUUUGAGUGCAUCGACAAGUGUGCGAGGAUCAUCCACCGCCAGCAGUGUUGUACGGCAGCCACAGUCAAGUACCUGCUUGCAAGGAUGGCUUGUCAUCACUGCCAUUGUCGUCGUGGAACAAGCGCAAAUGUGCAUGCUUAAGACCAGGUUACGUGCGGAUCCAGGAAACCAGGUGCCGCCCGAGUGAUGAACAGAACAAGAGCCAGGUUUGACCAGGCUACACGACCCGAACAAAAACACGGUGAUCACCUCAAAGGAGCAAGCUGAGUUUUGUCAUGCUUGUGCAGACGAAUUAUGCAUCUGCUGGCAGACUUCAAAACAUUCAGCAGUGCCGGUACCUCAUCUCUUGAGUGCCUCGGAUACUCAUUUUUACACCUGUUAAGGGCAGUUGUACUGUGCCUGUCACUACUGUACAUUCAUGCAUGUCACAUUCACACUUUUACCUGAGAGUCUUUAUCUGUCCUCACAAAGUCAUUGUCAUGUGACAAAAAAUAUAUAUAUGUAUAUGAUCAGUUCCAUGUUUGCUAGCUGUGGGAGGGACCCUAAAGGGUCACAGAGCACAGCUGUUUGCUGUCUCAUGUGUCCAUAUUUUUCUGUAUGUGUGUGUGUAUGUCAUACUUCCUUGUUUUUGCAUUGCAUUACAAAAUGGUGUGAAACACUGGUGAAUUUUUUUUAGCACAAACUGAACUUCUUGUUCUGGUUGCACUCAGGAAAGUGUGUUACUCUUUUGCUGUAGGUAGGAACAGACGUCGAGGAUAAUUUAGUACAGUCAGUGACCGAUUCUCCAGACACUCAAUUCUUGAACUAUCGUGCUCUUUCAGUUCACCACCACAUACAUUAUAGAACAAAUUAAUGACAGUGAAUGAAGUUUUGGAUGUUGGCGGUGCCGUGCUCAGUAUUUAAGAAAUGCUCAAUGUUCUAAAUACAGUUCAGCCCACUUAUAACCUAACCGUGUAUAGUGCAGUACUGGACAUAAUGCGGAUCUUUUCUGAGCCCCUUUACCCUCCCCUAAAACUUAGUAUAUAUGCAUACUGCUUAUGCUGCUGUUGCAUGAGACGAGAUACCGUUUAUAAUGCGGCUGCCAGAAAAUCCUGCAGGCAAGUAAGGCAGAAAGUGCUCUUCUCAUUGAACAGAGGGGAGAGCAAUGAGGACAGCGCAGAAGAGAAUGAUACGCGGAGUGAUUGAACAAGGAGCAGAAACAAAACAACAAUGUAGCACACUGUAUAACUCACUAGAUGUAAGGCACUCUUUGAGCGCAUACAGGUUAGCGGGGUGAUGGAGGAGCCUUUGCUUGUCGGUGGCAUGCGCUCAGCAGAGAGCUUAUUUAUUUUUAUUGCAUUUUAUUUUUAUUUUCAAGCUAGCGUGCACAUUGUCACUCUUCAACAAACCAGUUUCUUUAUGUGGAAAGCAAAUAUUUUUCUCUUUUAAAUUUUAUUUUUAUGUUAUUUUAUUUACUUUAUGCACAGACCGCCUGGAAAGUCUCAUCCUUGGGCAUUAACAUUUAGAUGCUUGCAAAUAUAAAAUGUUGCAAUCGUCUUGGUCACAUGAUUUGAUUGUCAGACACGUGCGACUGCUUGGUUGUCAUCUUUUACAUCAGUACAGGCUUGGAAAACUUCUUUUCAUUACACGCAGUGUAGGUGUCUGCGAGUCCUGACACUAACAUUAUAAGUUGUCUAUGUUGCAUUACAACCAUCAGCAAAGCUGUUGCCUUAAUUGGGAAAGCUAUGUUUCGACAUUGUGAAAUCUGUUUGGUUGCUACGAUUAAUACUGAACAGACAUUUAUACUCGGCACAUCAGCAUAAACAUUCAGCUGACGCGUUCUGUGGGCCAGCAAGGCUUCCUACAAAACGUCAUAGUGGAAUGAACAUGGGCAUGGAGACAGUCAACAUUGAGAAAUGUUGCAAAUAGAGAAAAAGAAGGUGCACCGAGCAGCGGCCACGGGCGCUGGCUCACUCUGCACCCUCACUCUUGCACCCGACGUCCGGGUGCAAUCUCUGUCAUUAUUUAGCUACAUUUCAAGUGGAAGUGUAGCAGUUCUAGUAUCAGCACACAUCGUAGAAAAGCAGAGUAUUCGACUGGGGAAAUGCCAAAACCCUCCAGUUCGUUUUUGCGAAAGGUUAUCUCAUCAUAGAGAUUAUGCAGCUUGUAGAUGUUGAUUGAACCAUGAACAGGUGACACGGCUAGUAAAUGGUCCAGAUGGUUGUCAACAAGCAUGUCAUGAUGACCUAACAGGUCAGAAAGCAGCUUGAUGGCCUUGGCGAGGCGGAUUCCCUGAAUUGCCAUCUUAGUUGAUCCGGUCAGUUAUGUCAGCAGAUAUUUAAUUUGUCAGUCUUGGCUAACGAUCAUUGCCUUGAAUGCUCGCCUGGUAUUGGUCCCAGAAGCCUUGCCACUCAUGCCACUUCCCGGAAAAGCUCGGAAGUGCAGCUUGGGCAGGGCAACAUGGUAUGCUGUCACCAUGGGCGAAGCUCUGGGAGAGGCGAUAGGGCGGCUGGUUGCGGUGUUGAGGCAAGUUGUGCUGUAGAACUUUCGGUGGAGUCGAUGGAGUCUGGAAGCGUUGGUGGAUGCAGCUCAGUGGUGAGGUGCACGCUUGUCUUAAUGAAGCUGACCUCUUGCUCAUACUUGAAAGCUGUUAUCAGCUCUGCCUCCAGGUCUCCAUCCGUGAGCAUGUCUUGGAUUGUGUGGUUGAACUUGAUGAGUUGUGCCUGCUUCGCUAAAAUGAGUUUAAGGUGCUUGUGCAGCACACGCACAGGGAAGGCUUCAUCUGCCAGCAGGGCAUCGUUCGUAGAAAUGGUCUUGGUGAUGGCUCUCUGGAUGAAGCCGGUCUUGGUGCGGAGUUUAUCCACUAUCGGAAGUUGAGGGCCAGAUGGCAGGUUGGGUUGCAGCAACACUUGAAAUGUAGCUAAACAAUGACAGGUAUCAGGCUCAAACACGGAUGGCUGACUUGUUCGUCAUCUGGUGGCAACUGAGCGAGCCAGCGUGCUUCGGCUUGGUGGACCUUCUUUAUUUUGAGCAAGAAAUUCAAGCCUAAUUCACGACAACUUCUUAUCUAAUGCUGCUAUUCUAAGACAUUACACUCGAGUGAGGUGAGUGAGCUGGACUCUUUUCAGAGUGAGCACAAUAAUCGUGGUAGUAGUUGUUAUGGGCAAUCAAGCAGGUCUGGCCAUACCGGCUGUGAACCACGGCAAGUUCAUGCUUUGUGACAGUUGCACUUGCUGGGUGGAACGGAGAAAGCUCGCACUCUAGCGGAAGGCUGAAAAGUGAGCUAGUGGAAUUUAUUCCUGCGGUUUGUUAUCCAUGUCAUGUGCACCAUCUACACUUCAUGUUACUGCAGUGCCUACAGCACACACAAGAAAUCUAGAAAUCAGGUGAACAUGAAAUACAUGACUAAUGUGAAAAUGUUAUUGCAUGAACUGCAAGACCGAGCAAAAGUCCACAGCAGCUUUCCAUGCUGCUGUCAUCGCAAGAAGACAGGUGAUGUCCUUUAUUUCUGAAUGUGAAAUUUUUUCGAGACUGCCCGACCACCGAAACACUUGCAUUUCUGUUUGUGUCUAAAGAAUCAGUCAGCGACUGUACAUUCAUCAAGGUAGCUGCUGGCCACAAGGGCUUCCUGGCCCACAAAUGCAGUUCAAAAAAGUGCGGUGCAAACUUCUAAGUGGCACCCAGGCAGUUGUUGCAUAAAUAUUAUUUCUCUCAUAUUUAUUUACAUCAGCUGCUACCUCACGGGAGCAAAACAUAAUAAGAUUCAUUUCCCGUCUGAUGGAAAGGGCACAGUGAAUUGUGUUGAAAAUUGACUAUGUAAUGCUGUGUCCAUCAAUGCUUCAAUACCUUUUGCUACGUAAAUAAGGGCACCAUCUAUACAGGGCUCCUAUGCAUCGGCUGCAAUUCGUCCUGGACAAAACAGGCAAAGUGAUGCACCCAAAUGUGCUAGCUGCGCGCACCACGAGAUGUCAGUUUUCUGAAAUUUGAGUGCAAAUGAGCCAGCUGUUUAACCAAAAGAGACAUAUAUGCGGUGCUCUUAUUUAAGUAAUAUUUAGCAAAAAACCAACUAGCCCAAUUGUCCAAACUGUUGUUAUUUGUGAUGUAGUACCAGUCAGCGCAAUGCCAUUCAAUUGCUAUAAGUGUGAGUAUGAUGGUUUAGUAAGUUGUACAGAGUUUGGGUGUCUGAGCCUCCUUCGUGUUGCCACAGCAACUGUGCCGCUCAUUGUGUCAGUGGCUGAUGCCAGCAAUUAAGCGAUUUAUUAAGAAUAUCAUGUAAACAGUGUUUACAGUCAAGUGAGCAAGUGUUACAGAGUAGGAGACCAAAGUCCCUGUUCUUGCACAAUCUUUUCUAGCAAUUCAUUUACUUUUGCAUGGCACAACAUCCAAUGUGGUGCCUUGCAUUUGCUGGAAUUUCAGCUGGCAUGUGCUGUCUGUUGGUGUGCUUGUGGUGUGCAUUUGAUUUGCUGUGCCCAAUUUCACUGCAAGGAUUCACUUUUAAGUUGGAAAGCAAUGUCGUAAUGUUCUAGUGCGAUGUGGAAGAACAAAUAAGAUGGACAGUGUGGAGUACCAAUUCCAACUGUAGGUUGUAGUAAGCUUUGAAUAGGCAGAUUUGUCAGGGAUUGAGAUAAGUGUAUAAAAACAUGGGACACUCAAAAUAUUGCAUAUUGCACAUAUAGGAGAUGGAAGUUAUUUGUGGUCCAGAAAGAUACAUUUGAUUUUUGGAAGCGUAACAGAUGCAAGACUGAGGUACAUUUUUCCCUGUCCUGUCCUGGCCCUCUUUCGUAGUUCCCAGUCACAUCGUAUGAAAAUAAGUCAUGGCAGCAUUUAGCAGUGCAAGUCUAAGGUAAAUUAUAUUGGGAGUAGCGCUCCAUGUCAUCUGUCUUUACGUGUGCCUGUGUCACACAGCACGUUGGUGUUUAAGCAUAGGAUUGAGCCUGCCCAAUAAUGUGUGCAGUGCAGUAUGCAUAUAAUGACGUUCACAAAACCCAAAUAUCAUUGGCCUUACACUUUUUGAAUCACUUCCAGGAUUGUUAGUUUCAGUGAAUGGUGAUUGUUUCUGACAGGCAAUAAAAUCACUUUUACAAUAUUAUCAUGUAGAACUUGUACAAGUUAUGGUUUAUCAAUACACAAUCGGGCCUUCAACUGUUAUGCACUAUAUUCUUACUCCUUCAUUUUGCUUUAAAAUCCCUAGGGUCCCUGUAUGUUUGGAGGUUGUGCAAUUCCCUCUUUCUUGAUUGUUUUCUUCUGGAGCAUACUCACCACCUGCAAUCAUUGUCAUUGGUUAACACCUGGAAGAAGGUUGCAAACUGGGCCAUUCCGCACUGAACAUAUGUAUCGCUCAUUUCAUUCGUGAAACAAAAAAACAUUGAAAGGUGAAGGCGUGGAGGAGGACGACAGCAGUAUGAAAGAAUGUCACUGCUGUCACUAUGUACAGGGACCUUACACAUCCGUGCAGACACGUGCCCCUAUGCUGCACAUGACCAUGCACAUCUGCAUUCUCCUUACAAUAUCAGAAAGACUGGUUUCAUUAUUCAACCCACUCUACCGAGUGGGUGAACUUACCAUGUACUGAAGAGGGAAAGAUCUCGCAUUAUGUUCGGAGUGUGGUUUCAGAUACAAUGUAAGGUGGUUUCCCGAGUUGGUAAUUUCACGCAUAAAGGAAAGCUUGUGUUGUAUUUGCGUCCAUAUUUAUUGUAAGGAUCAUAUUAGUCAAUGCGGUGGGUAUCACAGCACUGGUAGUUUGCAAAAAAGGGCACCUGCUUGGCUUAUGUGAAAGAGAUCAGAAACAAAAUGAAGUUUCUAUGUCUACCAGGCAACUGCAUAUUACCACCAGGUUAAGUGCCUGUUGAAAAAUGUCUUAAAUUGUGCCAAGUUCGGCCGCUCAGCGUGUCGCUGUAAAAGGAAAUUUGUUGAUUGUGAUCAUUAUAGGCUACAGUGCCAUGAUUGCGCAGGUUGUGUACUGAAGUAAUGUCAAAUGAUAUUAAUGGUGUGACUAUGUACUUGAGCACAUUGAUGUGAUCUCAUGCCUUAUAUGAACACAACAGUAAUUAAUGCUGUGUGCAUGUAUUCGAUUGUUCAUGUCACUGGAAUCAAGUGUGCUGCAGAGAGGCGCAUGUGUGACUCUGGGUUUCUGUUGGUGGGUGGUUUAGGUAGGAAACUAAACGAAACCUUUUUGCCAAUACAGAUUAUUAAAUUCCUGUUUACACUACAGGCUUGCACAUAAACCUGAAAAUACUAGAUAACUGGUGCAUCAUGGCAUGUAAAUAUAGCUGCUUAGCAAAAUUUUCUAAGGUGCCUCUAUUGAUAUGUUUGUAAUAAAGUGUUUCAGAAUUAAUGCCAACGACACGCUGGUAUGGAACACGUUCCUGUCACAAUAAAAAAU